AUGGCGGCUCCUUCUGACACUACGGCCCUGGACAGCCUUCACAUCCGUUUGGGUCUAGACCAGGACCCCCAUCGCAUGGCAACGGCUAUUGUGGCAGCAAUGACGGACCACGCACAAACCGUGCAACGAGUCCCUACCCCCUGCACCUUAGCGGGACCCACGUCGGCUGCCUGCAUCAGCCUCCUGAAGGGCACGGUCGGCAAGACAGUGGGAAGAGGCCACACGAGCACAGUCCACCUGUCUCAUGAGGACCCCAACUUUGUCAUCAAACAGGUCAAGGUGGAGCACGAGGCAGACUUUCGGAAAGAAUUGCAUCGUGUUACCAGACUUCCGCCUCUCUCCGUGAUCAACACCAUCUACGCGGCAGACGGCCCGAGGGCACUCAUGCCGCGCCUUUGGUCAGCUCCCCGCCCUCUCACCGGGGACACAGUCCAGCGACUCAAAUUUGACAUCGCGGCUGCACUGCAGAUGCUGCAUUCAGCCCAAAUCGUUCAUGGGGACGUGCGCGCGGACAACAUCAUGGUCCGGCACCAACCGGCCAGUUUCGUACUGAUUGACUAUGGCGGCUGCUCGGGCGAGGCCAUCUACCCCUUGAAUAAUGGCUACGGCGCCAAGGGAUAUGGAGGCGAUCUACAUCGUCCACCAACCCUAGAAGCUCCACCCGCCCCGGUCCGGACGGCGCAUGGGGAUUUCUACCGGCUGAGCCAAACGAUCCUCAAACAGUUCCUGUCGGAUGAGGAGCCUACCAAACGACGCAAGGGCAGCGGAGUCAAUGACGGAGUCAGCAGAGGAAUUCCUAGCCACAUGAAGCGCGAAUUGCAACUGUGGCUGGAGCGGGACCAAUGGCCACAGCCCAUCUAUCCCAACUCCCCCUUCCCUGCUGGCUCCUGGACGGACUCUGCCUUCAACCCCGCGCUCCGGACAGAUACCGCCACCUUUGCCAGAUCAGACGACAAGUUUGGCAACAACAACGGCUCACUGGUUCCGGAAAAGUCCGAUCCGUCAGAUCUCUCACCUGGCCUUGGCUCCUGGGAAAAGUCUGCUGUUUGGGCCAAGUUCUACCUUUCUACGGAAUUGAGGACAUGUGGCCGCCAUCUCCGGUAUGUAUACCAAGAGAUCUUUCCCUGGGAAUCCUACUCCAACCAGGAUGGCUACUUGGUGCUGGACAAGCCCCCUCCUCCGCCUCCGAACAAGCCAAUCGAGCCGAAGGAAGAGGCGGUGUCACUGACAACCCCAGCAUCCCACAGCGGGGGCAAGGCCCACUCUGCUCUGAUGCAGGCAUCGCCUGCAUCUCCCACCUCUCCUGUGAACCGACCCGCCAUGGAAGCUGUCCCAGCUGCCAAAGGGUCAGCGAAUCCGCAGCGGGAGCCCCCACGUGCUGCUACCGAGCUGCCAGGUAUCUGGGGAGAACCUCCCGCCCGCCCUGCGGAGGACCCAGACCCCUCGCAGACAAUUUCUGCCCAACGCCAGCCCCCGCCCCAGCCCAUGCAGGCUACCUUUGACCCACCGGAAUCAGCGCCUCCUUUUAACAUAGUCAUGAAGGAAGCUCAGGUCUACGACCCGAACGCCAGAUUCCGAGCGAUGGCAGCCUCAGGAGGCAGCGAUGUCCCCUUCGACACCAAGGGCCACAUGCUCCAGUCUGGCGAUGCCUUUGUGGCUCGAGAUCUCGCAAGGACUCCCAAACCAGGAUCUCGCAAAAACACCAUCGAGGAUUGGUCUCGAAGCCUUCACACUGCCGCGGACUUGCUGCGUGGAGUCGCGGGGGAUAUGCAGGCCUACCCAGAUCGCUUCCUGGAAGAGUGCCCCUUCCCGAGACCCCCACCGCCCUAA